CCAAAUGCAAGUAUGGAAGAACCUCAAUCAAAAUAUCUGCUAUUAACCAAUAGGGUUUAGGAGAGGUUUUGAAUUCCCUCGUCUCCAACUUCAUCUUCUCUCUCUCUCUCCUCUCUCUCUCUUCACUGUAACACUCUUAUCUACAUUAAAAAAUCAACACUUCUCACUUAGCACAAUUGAACCUUCAGCUCUGGCUUCCACCGCCCCAUUUUCGCCGAGUCCCAGACCUCAAUUCCAGCAACCCUCUUCUUCUUCUUCUUCAUCGCCGCCAUGGAAACCCCACAAGAACCCCAAUUUCAUUUCCAUGUCAACCCCGGAAGCCCCCAUUUUAUCGCAGAGCCCCCAAUUUUCAUCUUCCUCCUUCCCUCAAAACCUCAAGCUCCCCUCCCUCCAUAACCCCGCCCUCCUCCUUCCGCCGCCUGUCUCCGACUCCUCCGACGACAAUUUCCGGGGAAACCUCGACAAGGUCGCGACUUUGCAGGUAAUACCCAAUGGGUUCCCCUCGAAUUUCACGAAGGAGUCCAAGGAUAGGGUUUUCAUUCAGGACCCACCUUGGAUUUCCUCUCUCUUCAUGAAGAACCUGCUCUUUAGGAGCAGGAAUCGAGGCGGGGUCAAAAUAGAAUUUCAAGAAAUGGAGAGGCGGAAGUACUAUUUACUGAGGCGGCGGCAGGUGAAAGCCGAAACCGAGGCUUGGGAGAAUAAGGUGGAGGAGUACAGAGAGCUGGAGAGGGAAAUGUGCGAGAAGAAGUUGGCGCCAAAUCUGCCUUAUGUCAAGAAAUUGAUUCUGGGUUGGUUCGAGCCUUUGAGGGAAGCUAUUGAGAAGGAGCAGAACACGCAGAGGUCGAAGAAGAACAAGGCGGCGUUUGCGCCUUUUAUCGACGCGUUGCCUGCAGACAAAAUGGCUGUCAUUGUUAUGCAUAAAAUGAUGGGGCUUUUGAUGAUGGGAGGAAAAGAAGAUCGGUGCGUGCGCGUGGUCGAAGCUGCCGUACAAAUUGGGGUUGCGGUUGAGAAUGAAGUUAGAAUCCACAGUUUCUUGGAGAAAAUGAAGAAAAACGAGAAACGAGAAAUUGGAGACGAAAGUCAAGUAGAUUCGAGUAACGAAGCUGUGAUAAUGAGAAAACGUGUUAAGAGUUUAAUUAAACGAAACCGGGUGAUUGAAGUGCAUAAGCUCGUGAGAAGUGAAGAAUUUAAGUCGUGGGGUCGAGAUAUACAGGCUAAGUUGGGAUGUUGUCUUAUUGAGUUGUUAACGCAAAGUGCUUAUGUGCAACCUCCAGUCAAUCAGUCAGCCGACAGCCCACCCGAUGUUCGCCCUGCGUUUAGGCACAUAUUCAAGAUUGCAACGAGAUUACCGGGGCAGACCAUUGUGAAAAGAUAUGGAGUCAUAGAAUGUGAUCCUCUGGUUCUUGCUGGGCUCGAUAAAACUGUUAAACAUAUGAUCAUUCCUUAUGUACCGAUGUUGGUGCCACCAAAAAAAUGGAAGGGGUAUGACAGAGGCGGUUACCUAUUUUUGCCUUCGUACUUGAUGCGUACUCAUGGCUCACGGCAUCAACAAGAUGCUGUUAAAACUGUUACGUCGAAACAAAUGCAGAAAGUAUAUGAGGCCCUUGAUACCUUAGGAAAUACUAAAUGGAGAGUGAAUAAACGCAUCUUAACUGUGGUGGAGAAUAUUUGGGCUGCAGGUGGCAAUAUUGCAGGUCUCGUAAACCGUGAAGAUAUUCCGAUUCCGGAGCUUUUGCUCUCUGAAGAUAUGAAGGAAGCGAAGAAGUGGAAAUGGAGUGUGAGGAAGGUGAAGAAAAUCAAUCAAGAGAGACAUUCUCAAAGAUGCGAUACUGAAUUAAAGCUCUCUGUUGCUCGUAAGAUGAAAGACGAAGAGGGUUUUUACUAUCCGCACAAUCUCGAUUUUCGAGGGCGAGCAUAUCCUAUGCACCCACAUUUGAAUCAUCUGAGUUCCGAUCUAUGUAGAGGAGUUCUUGAAUUUGCCGAAGGGAGGCCAUUGGGAAAAUCUGGUUUACGUUGGUUGAAAAUACAUGUAGCAAAUCUAUACGGUGGAGGUGUUGAGAAGCUUUCGUACGAUGAUCGAGUCGCAUUUGUGGAAAAUAAUAUAUCGGAAAUAUUCGAUUCUGCCGAUAAUUCUCUCAAUGGAAAUCGGUGGUGGUUGAAGGCUGAAGACCCUUUUCAAUGCUUGGCCGCCUGUAUUAAUCUGGUCGAAGCAUUGAAAAGCCCGUCUCCACAUACAGUCAUUUCCCACUUGCCAAUUCAUCAGGAUGGGUCGUGUAACGGUCUGCAGCAUUAUGCAGCUCUAGGAAGAGACAGUUUUGAAGCUGCGGCAGUGAACUUAGUUGCUGGAGAUAAACCUUCCGAUGUUUACUCGGAAAUUGCAGAGAGGGUUCAUAAUAUAAUGAAAAGAGAUAGUGAGAAGGAUCCUGAAACUGAUCGACAUGCUUUGAUAGCCAAGGUGUUAAUCGGUCAGGUGGACAGAAAACUCGUAAAACAAACAGUGAUGACAUCAGUAUAUGGUGUAACUUACGUUGGUGCACGCGAACAGAUCAAAAGACGAUUAGAAGAGAAGGGUCUCAUUACUGAUGACAAGCUUCUCUUCAGUGCAGCUUGUUAUGCUGCUAAAGUAACAUUGGCAGCACUUGGGGAGUUAUUUCAAGCUGCACGUGCGAUAAUGGCUUGGCUCGGUGAUUGUGCUAAGAUUAUUGCUUCGGAAAAUGAACCUGUACGGUGGACAACUCCACUUGGCCUUCCCGUCGUACAACCAUACUUUAAAUCGCAGCGUCAUGUAAUAAGAACUUCUCUUCAGGUUUUGGCUUUACAACGUGAGGGCGAUUCAGUUGAGGUAAGAAAGCAGAGAACUGCAUUCCCUCCAAACUUCGUACACUCGUUGGAUGGUUCACAUAUGAUGAUGACUGCCAUUGCUUGUCGAGAUGCUGGAUUGCGUUUUGCCGGUGUGCACGAUUCAUUCUGGACACAUGCUUGCGAUGUUGAUAGAAUGAAUCAGAUACUCAGACAAAAAUUCGUGGAUCUCUACAGCAUGCCGAUUCUCGAAAAUCUGCUUGAAAGCUUUGAGACGUCGUAUCCGACACUGAAGUUUCCUCCUUUGCCGAAUAGAGGAGACUUCCUUCUUGAACAAGUUAUCGAAUCACCAUACUUCUUCAACUGACUUUAAAAAAUAAAAAUUGGAAAAAAUCUUACGAGAUGCGGAAAAUUGUUUAAACGUUUUCUGCGGGAGAUCAAGACGGAGGCACGGGACAAUUCUCAGGCAGUAAAGUAAAAUUAGAAUGGAUAGUAUUACAGUUGUAAUUGGGAUUAAAGUGUACACACUGUCUGUAUAUAUGUACAGUGAGUGCAGUAUUUUUUGGUGUAUAGUUUAUAUUGCAAGAAAUCUAUGGGUUUUGUUUGUAUGUUUAUAUUAUUUUUAAAUAUUUUUUGAUGA